AUAAAUAGUUAUUUUACUAAUUUAAUUGAAUAACUAAUCAUAUAGUAAUGCAUGAGAUUAUUAAUCUGCUCACUAUUAAUCUUGUUAAUCACACACGGCUAUUAUUGGAGUGAUUAUUGUCCAGUAAUUUGUAAAGUUUGUUUUUUGGUUGAUAACUACUUUAAAUUUCUGAUAUUGCGAUUGUAUGCAGAUACGUCCAUUAAACCUCCUAAGCCAAAUGCGAGGACUAUCUUUAGUCUUUUUAUUGUUUCUUGGUGGGUGUACAAAAUAAUGGAGAAAAUAAUGAAGAAAAUAAAUGAUGAGCAACGCGAAAUAAAUGACAAGCAACGCAAGGAAAAUUUCUUCAAGCGAAAUGGCGGUUUCUUGCUACAACACAAGUUAUCUUCAAGUGAUGGCAGUGAAAAAAUCAAAUUGUUUAAUUCGAAGGAGUUGGAGAAAGCCACCGAUCAUUACCAUGAAGAUCGUAUUCUCGGCCAAGGAGGCCAAGGUACUGUUUACAAAGGCAUGUUGUCAGAUGGGAGAAUCAUCGCUGUCAAAAAGUCUGAGGUUGUGGAUGAAGGAAAAGUUGAGCAAUUCAUCAAUGAGGUCGUCAUUCUUUCACAAAUUGUCCAUAGGAAUAUAGUCAAGCUCUUGGGUUGUUGUUUAGAGACAGACGUUCCUCUGCUAAUAUACGAGUUCAUCCCAAAUGGAACACUCUCUCAACAUAUUCAUGAUCCAAACAUGGAGUUCCCACUAUCAUGGGAGAUGCGCUUUCGGAUUGCCACAGAAGUUGCUGGAGCUCUUUCCUACUCGCUUUAUGCAGCUUUCAUACCCAUCUAUCAUCGAGACAUGAAGUCAACCAACAUAUUCUUGGAUGAAAAAUACAAGGGAAAAUUUUCCAACUUUGGAACUUCAACAUCAAUUGAUGUUGAUAAUACUCAUUUGACCAUACGAGUACAGGGGACUUUUGGGUACUUAGAUCUAGAGUAUUUUCAAUCGAGCCAAUUUACUGAUAAAAGUGAUGUUUACAGCUUCGAAGUUGUUAUUGUUUAG